AUUUUGGAAUGGGGUGCCUCAGGACUGUCCAUGAUUUUAAAGGGUGCCUCAAGACUGUCCAUUAUUUUAAAGGGUGCCUCAAGACUGUCCAUAAUUUUAAAGGAUGCCUCAAGACUGUCCAUAAUUUUAAAGGAUGCCUCAAGACUGUCCAUAAUUUUAAAGGGUGCCUCAAGACUGUCCAUAAUUUUUAAGGGUGCCUCAAGACUACUGUCCAUAAUUUUUAAGGGUGCCUCAAGACUGUCCAUAAUUUUAAAGGGUGCCUCAAGACUGUCCAUAAUUUUAAAGGGUGCCUCAAGACUGUCC